AUGGCCUUGAAGAAGUCAUCAAACAAGCUCUCACAAGCUGCACUUGUUAAGCAUAUCAUGAAGAGGUGCUCAAGCUUAGGAAAGAAACAACAUUAUGAUGACGUACCCAAGGGCCAUUUCGUCGUUUACGUUGGUGAAAACCGCAGCCGCUACAUCAUACCAAUUUCAUUCCUAUCGAGGCCCGAGUUCCAAAGUCUACUCAGGCAAGCGGAAGAAGAGUUUGGGUUCGAUCAUGACAUGGGGCUAACCAUCCCCUGUGAAGAAGAAGUCUUUCAAUCACUUACUUCACUGCUUCGAUUCUGA